AAGAUUGCCUAAGAACUGACAAACCGUCGGCCCGACGCAGCUGCCGGCUUUUUCGAUUGCAUUCUAAAUUGAACAUCCCCGACAACGCCCCCGAACUAGCUAAAUUGGAUGCGAAAUCCGCCUUCAUCCGGACCAACAGGUGAUGCGUCCUAUUUUGCAGUGCUGCGACAAUGGGCUGGAACACGAAUCCUGAACACCGUAAGCAGAGAGUUUUGAUAAUCGGUGCCGGAGCGGCAGGAAUGGCAUGUGCCGCGACGCUCGCAAAAAGGUCCGAAAGGUUCGAUGUCACCGUUUUGGAAAAGAAUUCAAUACCUGGCGGACUGGCAAUGUCCUUAGCAGUGGACGGAGAGAAAUUCGGAGCGGACUGGGCAAACACAGGCGCGCAAGGAGGAACUCGCAUGUUUCGGCACAGCUAUAAGUUUUUUCGAGAGUAUGGCUAUGAACCUAAGGAGGUGCGGAUACAGCUUUCUUUUGGAAAGGGGAAAGAUGGAUUCUGGACGAAUAUGUUCCCGACCCCUCUCCUGCAAAAGCACCAGCACGAAAUCGAGAAAUUUGGGAGGGCUUUGAGAGCAGUCCGCCAUUUUCCUUUUCCACUCUGGAUAGUCCCCCUGAAAAGAUUUCUUUGGCUCUUCGGUCUCAGUAGAGAGUUCGGUUACAGGAUCGUCUAUCCAAUAACGUCCCUGCUGAUGGGAAUCGGAAACGAGGCGGAAGAUGUCCCAUGUGGUAUCCUUGUACGGUUGUUUGAAGAUCCGGAAAUGAAAAUCUGGGACUACGACCCUGUUGGGUUCAUGCCCGCACGUCCGCCAAUGUUCGCAUUCCCGAAUAUGACCCGUUUCUAUAUGGACUGGGCCUCCGGGCUUCGGGCGAAGGGCGUCACCAUUCGCCUUAAUACACAGGCAGUCAAGAUUAUCCAACGGAAUGAGCGUGGGAUUAUCGUGGAAACUCGACAAAUGGACGAGGACGCUCGGGUAACAGAAGGCAGCUUUCAUGAUCGGAGCAUGACAGAAGAGUUCGACAAGCUAGUCCUAUGUGUCCCCGGAGACGAGGCGAAGCGGAUUCUCGGAGAAACAGCCACAUGGAGAGAAAAAUGGAUACUUGGUGGCGUAAAAUAUUACGACGACAUCACAAUAACACAUUGUGACCAUAAUUACUUUGAGAAUAGGUAUGAGCCCCGGUUCAAAGAGGAGCUCUGUGCAAAGCCUCGCACAAAGGAGCAGGAGGAACAAAUCAAAUUUGCAAAGGGGGAGGCCGGCAUCCAAUCCGGCUUCCGUCCGUCAUAUUGCACAUUCUCCUAUCACUCAAGGCCAGGUAAGAACGAACUGGCAUUCGACUAUUCGAAUUUCCAGUAUCAGUUCCUCCCGGAACCUGGCUCCGGCAAGCCGCCGAUUCCACUUGAACGCCAUGUGUUUCAAAGUCGAUUUCUGGGCGAAAACCUGAAAGGUAUCUGGACCAUUGACCAAAUAGACGAUAAAGCGGUGCUGGAAAGAAGGUGGAUACACCAGCCAUCUCAGGGUUGGAAGCAUUACAUCAGGGUGCUUCCUUACUUGAGAUAUAUCAACGGGAAAAACAACACCAUAUAUGCAGGUGCUUGGACUUUCGCCAACAUGCAUGAGGCUGCUUGCAUCACUGGGAUCGCGGCAGCGGUCCGAUUGGGAGUGGAAUAUGAGUCGCUAGAUGACUUUGCCGACAAGCUUUUCUCGUUGUAUCUGCGGGCUGCUCAUGGGAAGACGUUUAAGAGAAAGACUCCCGAUUGGUUCACUCGGCGUCGCGGAAGUGCAGCCACCAAUAAUUCUGGACCCGCGUAAUGACCAAACCACCCAUUGAGUUUGAUUGUUUGUGUGUGGUGAAGCCAAGGUGGAUGAGGAGGACAUUCGCAGCCCGCUUCCGGAAAUAUAUUACAUUUUCGGGGAAAUCGCUUGUUCACUCCGUCAUGAUGGCAUCUGAUGGACCUGGUUGGUUCUCCAUGUUCUGUAUAUUCGGCUCCAGACUCUGGGUGCCCGAUUCCCCAUUGUUCUCAGUUCCUUGUGACACUCCGGCUGGCUGCGAUUCACUUGACGGAAAGCUCAGAUGUUUCCAAUCCUCAAUCUCCUCUGUAAUGCAUUUCAGUCGGUCUCUAAUACUUUCCACCGCGUAUGUUCCCAAUAGUAAUCUCAACGGUGGAUAAGAA